AUGUCCGGCUUGUUUACAGUCACGUGUUCCGAUGCACCGCAAAACUGGUAGCUUCCAAGGGCCCGAGGAAGAAAACUGCUUCAAUCGAGAGUGCUUGCAAUCGUAUCGGCUUGGGAAUGCAAAUUCUACAAAUGGCAAUGACUGAAACACUAGCUGCAAGUGGCAUCGGUAACAAGUCGUUUUGUCUCGAGUGCACAGAAGAAGGAAAGGCUGUGGUUCACGUCUUUGAAAGUGAGCUUCAGUUAUGGUGAGGCCUGUGCGAUGACGAGCGAGGACAUCUGGAACUACGUAGCAACAGAGCUGAUGAAUUCGAAACUGAGAGAUGGGGAUCGCUGCAAGUUUGUGGCAUUUCUGUCCUGGACGCGCUAUCAAGGUGAUGGUGUCAGGCCGACGACGCACGGUGAGGUUAUGAAACGAGUGUCGGGUCACGUUAUGGUUGGCGCUGGAGGACUGGCCUUGUGCGGAACGGGUUGCCUCUACACUUGGGCUCAGAAUGCCGACGAGCUCUCUUGGAGGUUGUACGACACGAGGCGGGUGGAUCACCUACGUUUUAUGGACGACAGCAACUACAGGGGCACGCUUUCGGCAUGUUACUCCAGCUCUUUGGGCGGUGUGCUACAUGAAUUAGGCCACACGUUCGGUCUUGGCCACACAGCUGAUGGCAUUAUGGGCCAUGGGUUCCAUGAUAUCUCUCGCAUCUACACAGUUUUGGCUGAUGACUCAGAAUCGGCUGUAAACCACAUUCCUGCUUCAGCUGCACAACCGUCAGAAAGCGUAGACGUCAACAACGGGGACCCACCUCUACCGGGAAAAAUUCGUCUGACAACUCUUGAGCCGAAGAAGUCCCGUGAUGUCGCAGCACGCAUCCAGAGUUCGAAAUCAUCCCCUUCGGGAGCCAGAUGGACACGUUCUUGCGCCCUGAUUUUGAGCUAUCACCCAUGGUUGAACAUCAGCAGGCUGUCAAAUGUUUCUGGCUCAAUCAAGUUUCAUAAUGAGCAGCGGUUGACUUCGCCACAUGGGAUUCACCUAGUCGAAUUCCGCCGCCCCGAAGAUGCAAUGGUCAUCGAAUACUGGGAGUUCCCUGAAGCCGUCAAGGAAGUAUGCAUCGAGGCCAGCAAGUUGAAUUUUCUGCAGUCGCAAGCGUCUGUGCCUUCCUUGGAGCAAGAGAAAGAGUGCAGUGAUAUCGAUUUGCUUUAUGUAUUUUCAAUUGAUACAGCUGGAAACAUGCUAGGAAUAAAUGUUAAUCUGCCACGUAAAUAAACGAAAUUAACACUGUCGA